ACACCUGCUAGUUUCGGAUAUACACAGUCUAUUCCGUGGGGUCUGUUGGACCAAAGUGGCCCCCAAAAUCAGGGCGAUGAUGGCUUAGCCGCUCACCGCUCCAGGUCUGGUGGGAAUCCCUUGUGACGUCGCCAACUGAAGUCGCUGCACAUGCCGGUAACAACAACCACCUCUCGGCCAGGCUUGUGCUUCUACUUUCUCCUUCAAAUGAUCUGACAUGACAUGGACAGCCCUUAACCCGGCUUGUCACAUCCGUGCUUGACGUUUUAAAGCUCCUAGCUCCUUCAACCUCGGAUAUGUUACGGUUCUUCUUGACCUCUGUACAAUACAACAAGACCCCCGGAGGGUCAACGCUUCUGUCUCUUUCGCCUUUAUUUGAGCACGGCCUCCUGAUUUCCUCUUCUUCAGAUUUCUUGAACUCACGUACACUCUCAUAGUGGAAGCACCAUAUAUACACCCCUUAUGUGCUAAAGAAUUGCCCGUCUUAACCAUGCCACCUCCCGCAACGCAGACAGGUGGCCAAGCACCGCCUCCUACGUCGGCCCCCCGCGAGUUGGCAAAACACUCCAUCAACACGAAAGAUGUACCGUCUACACAGCUCAGUGGUCCCGAGGGACAGUCGCCACAGCAUGGCCACCAGAGACUCGUAUUCACCGAUCCAGUUGCCCUCAGAUAUCUCGAAGAGGAUAAUUCAGCAGUUGUGCUAGGUCGACGAUUGACUUUGGAAGGAUAUGAGGCUUUCAUUGUUGAACAAUGGGCCUGCACGCGCAUACACCCUACCUUCAUAAUAACCACCUAUACUGGGGAUCCUUCGCACAAGGUCGUGGUGGGGGUGCUGAGCGUCCCCACAGACGAAUCUAAGUGGUCGCUCCGUAUGAAGAUGUAUUUCGGCGCAGUCACGCAAUGCCAAGCGCGGAAGAAGGAAACACCUUUAGGAACACUUAUGGUUACCGAUCUUAACGUGUUCCCAUUGGCACUGACUCUUAUUCCGGUACCCGACGGUGAUGUCCUAAAACACAAGGAUGAUUUUAUCGUCAAUGAAAACCUGAAACGGUUGGGCUGCUCAGGCCGCUCUGGUUUGAAGCUACAGCCACCCUCGCCCGCUACCGAGGGAAAGUUCCACCACCUUUACCGGACGAGCGAGAAGGUGCCUCUAUAUACUGCCGUCAUAGAGCUUGUGAAGCAAUGCCAGAUCGCCCUGAUGAUGUUUGGCAAUCUUGCCCCAGAGUACGUUGAUGGACUGCUGUGCGAUGUCACAGAAGCGGCCAUAAAUGAUUGGUGGACCGAGACGGGUAUGGAUUUAUACAACAUUGAACCGAGUGAUUCUAUGUUGGGCCCUAUCUCAGUAGCCGCCCUGCUGGGUACUCUCAUGGGGGCGCGAAACCGGCUACAUGCUUUCGGCGCUCCGGUUGGGAAGGAUGCGUUUGAUAUUCAUAACCUAAAGAAAGGCAUUGGGAGCUUUCAAAAAUCACAGAAGCUGAAACGUACCCGAAGGUUAGAUCGACAGACCUUGGAUCGCCUGCACCGGGUAACAGCAAAAGCUGCGAAUGCAGAAGGCUGGACCGAUGCCGUAAAAUCAACCAUGGCAGAAUUAAGCGGACACGGGGGAGAGAUGGUUAUGGGAAUGGUCCGCGGCCGCGAAAAAGGCGGGAUAGCUGAUAUCGAGACCCUCGAUAUUGACAACUUCGCACACCUGGUCACCGGUGAACGAGCCAAAUGGCUGUGGCGGGGAAAGCCGCGGAAGGGCGGAAUUGACGACGGCUUUUCUGGCAGUGCACAGAGUGCAGAUAUGGUAUUCACUACAGACGAUCAGGGUGGCCAUAUUUGGACAAGUCGAAAACGAUCUUCGCACGAAGAUUUAGUGGCGGACCGCGCGCUGCAAAGCUCAGAUCGUCCAUUGAGGCCGCCAGAAUCAGCAUCGUCCUUAGAUGAGAAAGACCAGAAUCUGGGCCGGUUAGUUCGAAAAGGUGUGAGCGGGAAAGUGUCAGAUGCGCGGGCGGGGUUUGGCCGGUUCAAGGAUGCAGUAGGCCUCCGGUCCCAUCCGCAGAAGCAUUCGAGGGAUGACAUAGACCUUGGCGGUGACCCUGCUCAUUUGCCUCCCAUCGAUAGCGACACGGAGGUGUCUCAGUCGAAGAAAUCUGAUGGUGCUCCAGUCGGAUCCGUGGACGUGCAGGACCUUGAAGGCCAGGCCCCGAAGGAUGACUUGCAGGUUGAGUCUCCUCCAAGGACAAUAUUACCGCAAUCACCCAAAUCAAGAGCGCCAGCCAUAACCGUAGAAACGGUUCCAUCCCAGGCUGAUUCGGAGUCGUCGCGUAAGGUGUCAGUACCCAGAGCAGAUGACGAAGCGCAGGACCUUGAGCGCUGGAGGACACGCUCCACCGACAUUACCGUCGACCCUAGGGAGCAGACAUCUGAAGUUGGUAUUAUGCUCCUGCGUCGACCGCAGAGCUGUACCGAACUGAAUGUGGAGAGAGACUCCAGUCGUCUUGAUAACUACUGGGCCCGCCAUCUGUCCUUCAGCACUGUCGAAGAGGUCGUGCUGGGAUGGAAUGACUUGGGAGGUGAGGCUUUCAAAGAGAAGCCCGAUACCCUUCUGGAAGAGGCCAUCAUGCAAGAAGACAUUCUAGCCUCAGAUGCACGAAUCUUCAGCUCACGUAUCCAGGAGCUUAGUGAACACACUGUACCUUGGGUUGAACAUCAAGUAUCUUCUGUGGAUGACCUCAGUCGGUGCUUACACGAGAGUCACGAAAAGGUCAACGCCGCCUACCUGGAACGGCUGUCUACAUUUGAACAGAUGAGAGCUAGAUCGAGCGAUCUGUUGACGGAAGAGCACAGCCAACUCACCGAUUACAUGAGGAGGGUUGAACUAAUGGGCGCGAAGCUGGACUACGAGCUCCAUGUUCUAGAUUCCCGUGUCGAGGAUGUCGAAACCAACCUCGACGAAUUCGAACGGCAUGUAAAUGCCAUCGAAAACAGGGUCAAGCUGCUGAUACGGGGCGAGCACGAAAAGCAGGACAGUUCCUGGUUCUCCUGGUUGGGGAGAAUUACCGGAUGCUCAACACAGUGACUGCGAAUUCUCAGUUCCCAGAAAGAAGCCUUGUAGACAUAUAUCAUUUCUAAUGUACAUAAUUUCCGAGAUAGACUUGCGCAGUUCGCGUUGACCGUGCAAUGCCAAAGACCCAGC